AUGGAUCUAUCAUCUCGCAUGGCUGGUGGAAGUACAGCUGAUUAUACACCUUGGAUAGCGAUGUUAUCUUACGGAGAUGUGAAUUCGAGGUUCCAAUGCGGUGCCUCCAUUUUGACUGAAAGACAUCUUUUAACGGCAGCUCAUUGCAUCAGUGCUGCAUAUGUCAAUGGGAGUUUAACGAGAUCAUAUAUGGCAACAGUCGGUACAAAUAUACGAGACGGCACUGGACAGAACUAUAGCAUUAUAGGGAACUAUACCCACCCGGAUUACGCUAUGAACCUAGCAAAGAACGACUUGGGGAUCCUCAUCACCAAUACCAGCAUUAUAUUUUCACUUUUGGUGGAUCAAGUCACUUUAAACUUUAAUACAGUUGGCGAAGGGGUGUAUGUUGUGAUAUAUGGGUACGGCAGUAGUGGGGUGAAGAAUCCUCUAAGCACGGAAUUAGAAGAACUUGGGAUGUUCACAGUGAAUUCGUCGUACUGCUUUGAAGAAACCCAACGUGUGGCUAAAGAGAAGUUAGGCUUUAGUCCUCCGCACGUGUAUCCAGAAGCAGAGAUAUGUGCCUUUGAAGGGUUUGGGAAAGGCACUUGUAAGGGUGAUUCCGGUAGUCCUCUGGUAUGUGCAGAUAAUUAUCAACAGGUCGGCAUCACAUCUUGGGGUAUACCCUGUGCAUUAGGUGCCCCAGACAUCUUCACUAGACUGAGUUUUUAUAAAGAAUGGAUUCUUAGCGUCCUAGACAAGAUGGGGUACAAAGAUCAGUUAAAGUACUCAAUGGACAAAUGUUCUUCGAUUUACGACAAUUUUAAUUAG